CUAAAAUCAAGUCCUUUAUUUUAAUUGUGAUUCUUUCCAAAUACAGGGUGACUGGAUGAUGGGAUAGUGAUGAAGCCCAAUCGGUGGGGAAAUAUGCACCCCCUGCCCAGCUUCUCUCUUCCUUUCCUUUUUAUUUCCUUUUUCUUCUUCCUCUUCAUAUGUUUCCACUCAACCCGUGCCCAGCUUCUGACAGAUUCUAGAGCAGGGCAACGCUUGCUGCUCUUCACUCAGCCUGCAUAUAAUGUGUCCAUUUUUGAGAACUCUGCUGCAAGAACCUAUACCAAAAGUGAAGUCAACAUGGGCAUCAUUCUCGGGCCACCUUGGUCUUUUGAGAUAAAAUACUCCAUUGUGUUGGGAGACAGUGAAGGCAUCUUUCAGGCUGAAGAUUUUGUAAUGGGAGAUUUUUGUUUUCUCCGCAUAUGCACUAAUGGAGGUAGUGGUGCUAUACUGAAUCGGGAAGUACAGGAUAAUUACACUCUGACAGUUAAGGCCUCGGCCCCAGGAGGCCUAGAGGCUUUAUCCACUGUUUAUAUCAAGGUCUUGGAUACAAAUGACCUUCGACCUCUAUUUUCCCCAACUUCCUACGCAUUUGUUGUUUCUGAGAGUGCCCCUCUGGGUGCCAGCAUAGGACGUGUGACAGCCACAGAUGCUGACGUAGGCUCGAAUGGAGAGUUUUACUACUUUUUCAAGAAUAAAAUAGAUCUUUUUGCUGUUCAUCCGACGAGCGGGGUCAUCACCCUGACUGGUCGACCAAGGAUGGACAAACAGGACCGAUUUGAGCUGGAGGUACAGGUGGUUGACAGAGGGAUGAAACUCUAUGGGAAUAGUGGUAUCAGCAGCACAGCAAGGCUUGUACUAACUGUGCAGCGAGUAAAUGAAUUUGCUCCCGUUCUUAGUGCAGUUGCUGUUGUUCCAUCGUGGGAAGAAAAGAAUCCCGUGUAUGCAGUAAUUAAUGUGGAGGACAAAGAUGAAGGGAUAUCCGGAGAUAUAGAGUGGGUGUCCAUCAUUGAGGGGGAUCCCUUUGAGCAGUUUGUGGUUGAUCGUUCGCCUGUUGGGAACGAGUACAGAGUUAAAACGUCGGAAGCUGUAGGCUGGGAUACAUUUCCUUAUGGCUGCAACUUAACAUUUCAGGCCAAGGACAGAGGUAUGCCUCCCAAGUUUUCUAAUACCCAAAUUGUUCAGUUGUUGGUUACAAAACCGGACCCAGUGAUGGCGAAUUUCGAAAAAGAUGUUUAUGUAGUCACGCUGAGUGAAAUCGCUCCCCCAGGCUCUGUUAUAGAGGUGGUGAAAAUAUCCCCGGCUCCUCUGAGAGUCAAUUACAGCUUCAGCAACCCUUCAGAUCCAGUGUACUUUGAUAUAAACCCUUUGACUGGAGUUAUUAUGACCACCAGGCAGCUUACAAGGAUAUCACAGGAUUUCAUGGUGAUGGAGGUAGUUGAUAUGAUAAGUGAGCAGCGAACAAGUGUCCAAAUUCAAAUCGAGGAUGCUAAUGACAACUCUCCAGUGUUCAACAAGCCAUUCUACAAUAUUGCCGUCAACGAGAGCGUACCUGUAGGUACUGUUGUCCUUGUGGUCUCUGCUGUGGAUGAUGAUAAAGGGGAGAAUGGGUAUGUAAGUCACACUAUUAGUGGUGAACAGUCUCUUCCAUUUAGCAUAGACCAGAAAACAGGGGAGGUGAGAAUUACUAGAGAUCUGGACUUUGAAUCAUCAGAUGAUAUCUACACUUUCGCAGUGCGUGCCUCUGACUGGGGUUCACCCUACAGAAGGGAGAGUGAGGUUAAUAUCACCAUACGUGUAAUAAAUAUCAACGACAAUCAGCCUCUUUUUGAGAAGGUUUCUUGCAGAGGGAUGAUAAGCCGUGACUUCCCUGUCAACCAGACUGUUGUCACCUUGUCAGCAAUUGACAUGGAUGAGCUAGGACUAGUUGAGUACAAGAUACUCUUUGGGAAUGAGUUAGAUUAUUUUAACUUAAAUCCAGACUCUGGGGCUUUGUCACUGAAAAGAUCGUUAGCAGUGGAUAGUUUAAAAAGUGGGGUAUUCAACCUCAAAGUUGUUGCAACAGAUGGAGAGAUGUUCUCUGAUCCCACAUUUGUGAAUAUAUCAGUGGUGAGGGGUAGGAUUCCCCCCAGAGGGUUCAACUGCAAGGACACAAGGGUAGCCCAGCUUUUGGCAGAAAAAAUGCUCUCAAAGGCAUCUGCUAUGGCUAGACCGAGACCAGAUGAGAGCUACACAGAUAUUUUCUCUACAAACAAACAGCCUCCACAGUUUGAGGCCUUGCCUACAAGCAUUCUCGUGAGAGAAGACCUCAUUCCCGGUGCCAGUGUAUUUCAGGUGCGAGCGCGAGAUGGUGACACAGGCUUUAAUGGCCGCGUUCUCUUUUCCAUUUCUGAUGGUAACAAAGAAAACUGCUUCAAUAUUAACAUGGAGAGUGGGCUGAUAACUAUACUGCGGCCACUUGACCGUGAACGAGUGGAUCGUUACUUCCUUAAUAUCACCAUCUAUGAUCAGGGCAUUCCUCAGAUGUCCAGUUGGAGAUUACUGACAGUGAUCAUUGAGGAUACAAACGACAAUGACCCUCAGUUUUAUCAGGACAGCUACUCUGCCCUUGUUUCAGAAAACGCAGCCAUUGGCAUGGAGGUUAUAACCAUCACUGCAUUUGACAGAGACAUGGGUCAAAAUGGACAGCUCUCCUAUAUAAUGCUCACCAGUGUUCCUCAGUUUGGUAUUGACAGUGAAACUGGAAGUGUAUUUGUUGCUAGCCAGCUGGAUAGAGAAACAUUUCCAAUAUUCAUAUUGAAGAUUGAAGUCAGAGACAUGGCUGAAAGAGGCACUCGAAGGUCCUCAGUGACUACUCUAAGUAUAAUCUUGGAGGAUGUCAAUGAUUGCGCUCCAGCUUUCAUCCCUACCAGCUAUAGUGCUCGAGUACUAGAGGAUCUCCCGUCCGGGACUGUGAUUACCUGGGUGCAGGCUCAGGACCCAGACAUCGGACCUGGAGGACAAGUUCGAUAUUCCUUAAUCAAUGACUUUAAUGGCACUUUUGAGAUCGGUCCUAUAAGUGGGGUAUUGAUAAUUAGAAAGGAGUUGGACUUUGAGAAACAACAGUUUUUCAACCUGACGUUGCUUGCUGAAGACAGAGGAAUCCCCAGCCUUAGGAGCCAGACGUUUGUGGUGGUAGAGGUGGUGGACGUCAAUGAGAAUUUGUAUGCGCCUUACUUCUCCGACUUUGCUGUGAGAGGCUCAGUGAAGGAGAACUCUCGUGCAGGUACAAGUGUCAUGACUGUCAACGCUAAAGAUGACGACAAGGGACGAGAUGGCGUGCUUAAGUACUCUAUCCAAGGAGGCAGCGGCCUGGGCACUUUUAGCAUUGACGAAGACACAGGGGUGAUUUACACUUCUGGUAUCCUGGACUGUGAGACCAAAGACUCUUACUGGCUGACUGUCUGUGCCAUGGACAGAGGGGUUCCACCUCUGUCAGCUUCUGUUGAAGUCUUUAUCCAGGUAGAAGAUGUCAAUGAUAAUGCUCCCCUCACCUCAGAUCCUAUCUACCACCCGACUAUCAUGGAAAACUCUCCAAAGGACGUGUCAGUCAUUCGUAUUCAGGCGCAAGACCCCGAUCUCACUGCUAUACCCAGUCGUCUGAGUUAUCGUAUUACUGCCGGCAACCCGCAGAAUUUCUUCUCUAUUAAUCCAAAAACAGGUCUGAUCACAACAACAGCGAGGAAACUGGACAGAGAACAACAAGCUGAACACUUUUUAGAGAUUACAGUAAUAGAUGGCCCGGUGACCACCCGCCAAUCUACUGUGUGGGUCAUAGUUCACGUCCAGGAUGAGAACGACAACCCGCCCACCUUCCCAGAGGUCACCUACCGCAUCAGCUUGCCUGAGCGAGACAGGAACAAACGCGGGGAACCCGUGUACCGUGUCUUCGCUUACGACCGUGAUUAUGGCGCCAAUAGCAACAUCACCUACAGCAUCAUUAACGGUAAUGAGGACGAAAAGUUCAGUAUCGACCCCAGGACUGCUACGGUGUCGUCAAAGAAGAUGGUGACAGCAGGCAGCUAUGACAUCCUCACUAUAAAAGCGGAGGAUUGUGGCGAUCCGCCAUUAUGGUCUACUGUUAAACUUCAUGUAGAGUGGAUUCGUAAACCUGCCCCCUCACCAGUGCCCCUACUGUUCACCCAGCGGUACUACAAUUUCUCCAUUUCGGAGACGGCUACUGUUGCCCAGCCAGUGGGAGUCGUGGCUAUCAGCCAGUCCAGCACACCUGUCUGGUUCACUAUCAUCGGUGGGCGCCCUGCCAGAGAAAUGUUCUACAUUCCUCAGAAUGCAUGUGGAAGAAACUGCUCGCUUGACACAGGGAGCUUUGACAUGCAGUUUGACCUCCAACUGGGGGUGGGGACCCUAGUCGUGGCCAAGCCCCUUGAUGCGGAGGUGCAGUCUGUGUACAACAUGACGGUACAGGUGACAGAUGGGACCAACUUUGCCACAGCACAGGUGUUCAUUCGAAUACAGGACAGCAACGACAACCCUCCAGUUUUUUCUCUACCAGCUUAUGAUGUCAGCGUAUCUGAGGACAUACCAGUUGACAUGGAGCUGCUGCGGGUCAGAGCAUCAGACAUUGAUGAGCGUGCCCGUUUGAGUUUCUCCAUCUAUGGCAGCGUAGACCCGGCGAGUAUGAGGCUGUUUAGAGUCAAUCCUGGCACAGGAGUCGUCUACACCGCAGACAGGCUCGACUAUGAAGCCCGGACACAGCACAUCCUCACUAUUAUGGUCAAGGAUCAGGAGUUUCCAUUUAACCGUGACCUGGCUCGUAUCUUGGUGGCAGUGGAAGAUUCCAAUGAUAACAUUCCCUACUUCACCAGCACCGUAUACGAUGCUACGGCCUACGAGACUUUUUCUGUAGGCGCGUCUGUAGUGCAGGUGACGGCCCUAGACAAAGACAAUGGGAUUAAUGGGCAGCUCACCUAUACUAUAGAAGCAGGUAACACCGGUGGUGUGUAUGGCAUUGAUAAUACCACGGGCCUUAUCUUCAUUGCCAAGGAACUGGACCUCACUUCUUUAGGCUUUUACACCCUCAGUGUGCGCGUCACAGACAGUGGAUUCCCCCCAUUAAUGGCCACCGCUUCAGUUCGCAUUUCCUUGAUCCUCUCAGACUUCUCCAAACCGAAAUUCUCUCAGAAGGAGUAUCAGGCUGAGAUUAUGGAGAACAGCAAAACUGGAACUUACGUGAUCACUGUUAGCGCCCUCAGCCGCUCAGCACUCAUUUAUGACAUCACCAGAGGCAACGAAGAGCGCUGCUUCUUUAUUAACCACCAUACCGGUGUAAUCACUACACGCAAACCGCUGGACUUUGAGCAAACAACAUCUUACUUUUUGGUGGUUCAUGCCCUGAGCAUGGCUGGAGUGGAAGCCAGCACCUCCGUCAUCAUACAAGUAGUGGAUGUGAAUGACAGCCCACCUGUAUUCCAGCAAAUCAGGUAUGUCGGCGUAGUCAGCGAGGCUGCUCCAAUCAACAGCGUGGUCCUGGCAGAGGACGGUAACCCUUUGGUCAUCCAGGCAACUGAUAAGGAUCGCAACCACAAUGCCCUGUUAGUGUUCGAGAUCAUAGGUGAGACUGCUCGGAUGUUCUUCAGCGUGGACUCUGGGACCGGAUCGAUCCGAACGAUUGCCAGUCUGGACUAUGAAACCUUCUCUGAGUUCGUCUUUCGGGUUCAUGUUAGAGAUAGUGGCCAGCCUCCACGGGAUGCUGACAGCCCAGCAGAGGUACUUAUAAAGGUGAUCAACAUCAAUGACUCGCCCCCAAAGUUUUCCCAGGACACUUACGAGACAAUCCUCUUGUUGCCUACCUACAUGGGUGUAGAGGUUCUUAGGGUUAAGGCUCUUGACCCCGAUAUGACCUCUGACCCCACACUUAACCCUGACAAGUCUAUCACACCACAGCUGCUUUACUCUUUGGUGGAUAGCAAUGUGGAGUUCUUUUCUGUUGAGCCAUACACUGGAGUUGUGACCGUCAUCAAUCAGAGCCUUAAUAAAGAUCGUUAUCGCUUCAAUGUGAAGGUUUGGGAUGGACGUUUUUCCAGCAUGACACUGGUCACGGUGCUUGUCCGAGAAGCUAUAGACAGCGGAAUUCUCUUCACCUUCCCAGUUUACUUUGCCUCCAUCCCAGAGAACAUACCCAAUAUCACAUUAGUGACUGUGGUGAGCACAGUUGGUCACCGCCUCAACGAGCCACUCAAGUACACUCUGCUGAACCCCGUUGGGCGCUUCAGCAUUUGGCCCACUUGUGGAGCAGUGUUCACUACUGGCGUGCCUUUUGACAGAGAGGAGAAGGACAGUUAUGAAUUGGUGGUGGAGGUCAGCAGGGAAGAUGAAAUAUUGAGGGUGGCUAGGGUGAUCGUGCAAGUACAGGUGGAGGAUGUAAACGACAACUCUCCACAGUUUGUGAACCUUCCCUACUACGCUGUAGUGCAGGUAGAAGCACAGCCAGGAUCAAGUGUUUUCAGGGUCUCAGCUACUGACAAAGACUACGGUCGGAAUGGACAAGUGACGUACAGCCUUAAGGAGCAGCACAGAAACUUUCAAGUGCACCCUGUGACAGGAGAGCUGACCUUAAAGAGAGCCUUUGAGGCAGAUUUAUCUAACGCAGAGUACAAACUGAUCCUCGUGGCGACUGACGGUGGCUUCCCUCCUCUGUCCAGUGAGGUGGAGCUGCCUGUUAGUGUAGCAAAUAAAGCUAUGCCAGUAUUUGACAAGCCUUUUUAUGGUGUCACCGUCAAAGAGGAUUUGGAUGUCUCCACCUCCGUCUUGUGUAUCAAUGCCAGUAGUCCCGAGGGCCAGAGCGUCAUCUUCACCAUCACAGAUGGAGACCCUUCCUCCCAGUUUGACAUUGGCUUUGACACAGGAAUCAUCCGUGUGAUUUACCCGUUAGACUAUGAGACCACACAGUAUUACCGUUUAACGGUGAAGGCUACCGAUACACUGACCGGAGCUAAGUCGGAGGUCGAUGUGGACAUUGUCAUGCUGGACGUGAACGAUAACCCACCGCUGUUCCUGAACACCUCAUACUCAGCUGUGUUUGCCCAAGACCAGGACACAGAAAAGAACGGCGUGGUGAGUUAUCAGAUCCUAUCUGACAUCUACAACAGCACCGACUACUUCAGCAUCGACAGUAACAGCGGGCUGAUAUACACGGCACGUCUGCUCGACUAUGAGCUCAUCCAGCGCCACAACUUCAUUGUCAGGGCGACGGACAGCGGAGACCCUGCCCUUAGCAGCGAUGUUACUGUCUCUGUGACUGUAACUGACACCAAUGACAACCCACCUAAUUUCAGCCAAAUGCUGUACGAGGCCUUUGUCAGCGAGCUGGCUCCCAGAGGACACUUUGUGACUUGUGUUCAGGCAUCAGAUGCUGACAUCUGUGAUGCCAGUAGGCUGAGGUACAGUAUUCUCUCAGGAAAUGAGAAAAUGACUUUUAUGAUGGAGCCAGAUACGGGGGUGCUUCGUCUGUCUAACAAGAGGAGACAAGGCAUGAAACUCUCCUAUCAACUCAAUGUGUCCGUGUCGGAUGGAGUCUUCACCAGCACUGCUCAGGUGAUUGUACGUGUCCUGGGAGCUAACCUGUACAGCCCAGUAUUUAGCCAGAGGUUCUACUUGGCUGAGGUCCAGGAAAAUGCACCGGCAGGGUCAAAGGUCAUUCAGGUCCGCGCAACAGAUGAGGACUCUGGACUGUACGGACAGAUCACCUACUCGUUCAUCAACGACCUGGGGAAAACUCAGUUCACCAUUGAUGCAGAUGGGGUCAUUUCCACUGUUCAGAAAUUAGAUCGAGAAAACCCUUUCAACAAGGACAUGGUGCUAACUGUGAUGGCCCUGGAUGGUGGAGGCCGUGCAUCAUUUUGCACGGUACGGGUGGUUCUUGCAGAUGAGAAUGACAACGCCCCCCGGUUCAGAGCAGUGGAGUAUCGUAUGAGCAUUAAAGCAAAUGUUGCCAAAGGUUCUCUUGUCACUCAGAUCCAGGCCACUGACCCAGAUGCUGGGUCUAAUGGAAGGAUCACAUACUCACUUUACAGUGAGGCACGCCUAUCUCUGGUCGAUGUUCUGGAGGUGGAGCCAGACAGUGGCUGGAUGAUGACUAAAAGCACAGUGGACCACCUCCAGGGCACUGUGCUGUCCUUCUUUGUCAAAGCCACAGAUGGUGGUUCUCCGGCUAAGCACUCCCUGGUGUCUGCCUUCAUCCACGUAGUCCCUCCAGAUGCAUUCGUUCCCUCGUUCAGCCAGCCUCAGUACUCCUUCACCAUCCCUGAGGACACAGCGGUAGGAACCGCCCUGGGGUCUGUGUACAUGGGUGCUGGACAGACCGGGUUCUUUAGUGCAAUCGCAGGGGAGACGCUUGACAGCAACCAGGAGGGGACCUUCCUGGUGGAGAAGGAGACUGGUCUCAUCCGUCUGGUGAAACCGCUAGAUUAUGAAGAGGUCAGCAUCUUCCGCUUUAAAGUUGCAGCAACAACAAGACGAGACCUGAUUGAGUCAGUCUCCACUGUAGAUCUGGAGGUUAAGAUUCUGGAUGUCAAUGACAACAAGCCGCUGUUUGAGACCAGCACCUAUGUAGCCACGGUGAUGGAGGGGAUGCCUGUGGGGACCAGAGUGGUCCAAGUGCGUGCUCUUGAUCCAGACUGGGGCUCUAAUGGGCAGGUAACCUACAGCCUUGGUCCUCUGCUCACCUACAAUCUAGACUUGACAAGGGAUGCCAGCUCCUUCUCCGGGCCUGUGUCUACCACUUCUGUCUUUGCCAUUGACAGUAAAACAGGUUGGAUCACCACAGUGAGUCAGAUGGACCACGAGGCCUGCUCCAGCUACAGCUUUGAAGUAGUAGCAUCUGAUCUGGCCGAGUUACUGCCUCUCUCCUCCACCACAGUGGUGACCAUCACUGUGUCAGACGUCAAUGACAACCCGCCACUGUUUGAGAGGGAGCUGUACCGAGGUGCCGUAAAGGAGAGCGAUCCCCUCGGUGAAGUGGUGGCCGUUCUGAAAACCAAAGAUCGAGAUGGCACGGAUCAAAACCACCUCGUCAGCUUUUGCAUCACUGGGGGAAAUCCACGAGGAGUGUUUGGCCUGGCCCUUGUGCAGGGGGAGUGGAAGGUUUAUGUGAGUGGUCUGCUGGAUCGCGAGCAGCAGGACUGGUACCUGCUCAACAUCACUGCCAGCGAUGGCCUUUAUGUCGCUCACACCGCAGUGGAGGUUACAGUCAUGGAUGCAAAUGACAACAGACCCAUCUGCAACCAGGCCGUGUAUAGCACCUCUUUUCCUGAGGACAUUCCCAUUAACAAGGGCAUUCUAAGAGUGGGUGCAACAGAUGCUGACUCAGGCUCCAGUGCUGAGAUCCAGUAUUCACUGUUUGGCAUUGGGGUUGAAGAUUUCUACAUGGAUGCAAACACCGGUGAGUUGCGUACAGCCAUUGUGAUGGACCGGGAAUUGGCCCCCAGCUACAAACUCAUCGCCCAGGCAACUGACGGGGGAGGCCUGUUCUGUCGCUCUGAUAUUUUUCUCAAAGUGUUAGAUGUGAAUGACAAUGCCCCCCUCUUCUCAUCCACUCAUUACCUGGCGAGCGUGUACGAGAAUGCUUCGCCUAAGGCUUUGCUCACCCGUCUACAAGCCAGCGACCCAGAUGAAGGUCUCAACCGUACAGUGCUGUAUUCUCUGGUGGACUCAGUGAAUGGGUUCUUCUCCAUCGACCCGGUAACUGGAGUAGUAGUUCUGGAGAAGUCUUUGGACAGAGAGAGCCAGGACUCCUAUCGUGUUCGUGUGGAGGCCACUGAUCGAGCUGGACAACAGGGGGCGCUCUCCUCACAGGUUUAUUUGACCAUUUUAGUGCUGGAUGUGAAUGACAAUGCUCCAGUCUUCCAGAGAAGAGACUAUGCUGUAACUGUCCCCGAGGAUGUAGCCGUGGGAACCGAGGUGGUGCGAGUCCUGGCAACAAGCGCUGACAUCGGACCUAAUGCUGAGAUCACAUACAACAUCCGGUCGGGUAAUGAGUUAGGAAAGUUCACCAUAGACAGGAAAUGGGGUUCUAUUUCAGUGGCUGAUGAUUUGGACUUUGAGGUGUGUAAGGACUAUUAUCUCACUAUUGAGGCCUGGGACAAUGGCAACCCUCCUCUUAGCACAGCUACAAUGGUAACUAUUGAACUUAUGGAUGUCAAUGACAACGCUCCAGCCUUCAGUCAGGACAUCUACAAUUUGCUGGUCAGCGAGGAUGCAUCUGUUGGGCAGACAGUUACAAGGGUAGUGGCUGAAGAUCUGGAUAGCCAAGUGAAUGGGCGUAUCACCUACUCUAUCCUGAAAGGUGACCGAAACAACCACUUCUGGAUUGACCCUGUAGCAGGACUUCUCAAAGUCAACAAGAAGCUUGACAGAGAACUUGUAAGGAUGUACCAGAUGAACGCUACAGUGAGCGAUGGACGUUUCGCUGUGAUAGCUGAUGUUUCCAUCCAGGUCGAACAAGUGACAGAUGUCAUGUUGCGUAGCGCUCUGACCCUACGUUUCAACUUGCUGUCUCCAGAGGACUUACUUAGUCGCUACCUUAGCCAAAUUAAGCUAACGUUACGGGGACUAGGUGGAUGGAAAUGGUCACCAGGGCAGCAGGAUCCUCUUCACAUACUCUGUGUACAGCCAGUGAUGGGGACAUCGGAUGUGGACCUGCUUCUAGCCAUGGAGAGGCCAGAGACGCCGGGCAGUGGACGCAUGGGUGUGUUCUACUCCCAGCAAGAGCUGUCUGCAAAGCUGGAGGAGGGGGCAGCGCAGGGUCAGAUUCGAGGUGUGCUAGCUGGGGCUGUGGUGGUGAGCAGCACUUGUUCUGGCGAGCUGGAGUGUGGGGAUAGAGUGUGUGAAAACACACUUGUGAUGGACGGGAGCUCGCCUGUCACCUACAGCACAGAAAGGGUCAGCUUGGUGUCGCCUACGUUCAGCCGCAAAGAGACCUGCACCUGUCCCGGAGGGACAUGCCCCACCCCUGUGGAGCUCUGUGAAGGUCAGUCCUGUCCAGCUGAUAUGCAGUGUGUGCGUUCUGGUCCUACUGCGCCAUCUGUCUGCCAGUGUCAGCCUGAGAGACUAGAUGACUGUGCAGGCCAGACUUCGCUGAGUUUCUCUGGAAACAGCUACAUCAAGUACAGAGUGACAGCGAGUGGCCAGAGUGGAGAGAUGAAGCUCGGCCUCAGGAUCAGAACACUUCAGAGAAGAGGAGUCAUUAUGUUCACACGGGUUAACCCCUGCACCAUGCUUAAGAUUGAAGGCGGUCGACUCUGGUUUCAGUUGGACUGUGACAACACCCUUGGCAUUAUGGGUAUCUCUGGCAGACCGAUAAAUGAUGGCCUGUGGCAUGCAGUCACUUUGGAGCUGACUAUGAACUACACUCUCCUGUCAUUGGAUGACAGCUAUGUGGAACGUCGCCGGGCAGCCAGAGCCCCGGUUCGUCUUUGGCCUUUGGCACCAGAUUCAUCAUUUUUCUUUGGGGCCCAAGUCAGGCCACUAAAUGGGCAAGGUGAGAGGCCAGGCCCUGGGUCAGGAAGGAGCCAGGAAGGGCCAGGGCUUGCAGAGCGUGGCGUAAGGGGCCCUCCGAGAGCUCAGGAUGGCUUCCAGGGGUGCCUGGGCUCGCUGAUGCUGAACGGAAAUGAGCUGCCGCUCCAGAAUAAAAGGAGCCGUUAUGCUGAGAUAGCAGGGCUCAGCGAGGUCAAACUGGGCUGCGUGCUUUACCCAGAUCCAUGCGUCAGUCAGCCCUGCCUCAACGGAGCAAUCUGCAGUAGCCUUCCCUCUGGAGGUUUUAUGUGCACUUGCAGUGUUGGAUUCACUGGGGGGCGCUGUGAAAUUGAACUGACAUCCUGCAUGCCAAACCCCUGCCAGAAUGGUGGAGACUGCAAGCCUGUAGGCAGCGCAUUCCUCUGUGGCUGUCCUCCUGGACUCGGGGGACUUAUAUGUGACGACGACGUCAACGAGUGUGACCAGGAAGCGUGUGGAAAUGGAGGAGAGUGCGUGAACACAUUCGGGUCAUUCUACUGUAACUGUUCAGAAGGGUACGAGGGUCAGCUGUGCGAUGAUCUGACGCCUGGUGAUCCUGGGGAUGACACACAGGCUGAGCCUUUGUCUUACGUUGGACCAGGAGAGAUAAUUGGCAUUGGAGUCCUUGCGUUUGUCAUCAUUUUCCUCCUCAUACUCUUCAUCGUCUUUAGGAAAAAAAUCAAAUUCAGGAAAGACUCAGAUCCAGGCCCCGGUAUUCAGACUGGGAUGGGCAUCUCGGCUAUCUCCACAGAAACUAGCUACAUGCUGCACAAGACUGGCAUGGGAGCAGAAGGGAUUGAGUUUAAAGCCGUUCGUGUAUCAGGCUCACCAGCAACCACAAGCACCUAUGGUGAGGUGGGAGGCAGCAGUGUGGGCCCUCCCCAGGUCAUGGUGCGCCCAACUGCCCACUCCCCUCUACCAGGAGGACUCAGUGGUGACAGGACCACUUCCAGUGAAGGCAGUCAGAUUAGCAGCUUCCUCUCAGACAUGUCUAAUGUCCGAGGUAUGGCCAAUAGGCGGGGCGUCGCAGUGUGCAGUGUGGCACCCAAUCUCCCUUCAGCAUCUGCUUGCCGCUCAGAGCAUAGCCCGGCCCACAAAGUGUCCUGGGAAGGCGAAGAAAUGAGGGAGAAAGAGCUGGAGAGGGCUAGAGAUGAGAGAGAGGAGGAGUGGGGGCAGAGAGCUUUUGAGCUGGAGAGAACACAGAGAGAUAACAGUCCACAGGAGGUGUCGGAGCUGGCGGACGGGCUGGGGUGUCUCUCAGACUCCACCUCCGAGGAGCACUCACUUAGCUCCUACACUUCAGAGUCCUUCGAUGACAACGCGUCCAUAGUGACAGUGAUACGUCUCGUCAACGAUACUGUUGAUAACAUCGAAAGUGAAGUGUCAAACAUGGACAAAGAACAGCGGCAUAGCAGCCCUGCGAGUCGUCACCUGCAGAGCAAAGAUGAGAUUUGCGUAGAGUUCAUCAAAGAGUACAUUGUGGAUUCAUACCACUGGGAGUCUUCCUGUCAGACUUCAAGCUGGGUGUCGCCCUCACGACUGCGUCCACCUGAGGUAGGAUCCCAUUAUGAGCUUAAUGACACCCAGCAGAACAUCAGACGCGGAGGCAGCACGCGCUCUCUGCAGCUGGACUACAGGGUGAUGGGCUACAAUGCGGACAAAAGCCGUGAGAGGACACAGGAAACUGGGAGGAGGACCUUUCAGUGGGAGAGGAAUCAGUCUGGAGAGUGGGAGAGGAAACACACCCCGGACAGAAAAGAAAAGAGAAGGUACAAGGAGGAAGGAAGGAAUAUGAACAUUAGGACCAAGGACAUGGAGGGACACCAGGACCACGGAGAUCAGCAGCUGCAGGACCAAGACAGCUGUGACGACAGCUCCUCGCCCGUGUAUGAAGAGUACCAAGAGUCCAGACAUGAUCCGGAACAAAAUGAAGACACGGAGAGCCUUUAUGAUACUCUACCCCCAACUCGGCGAGCCUAUGAAGGAUAUCCGUCCAGUCCCCCAGGGCUAAACCUGCACCCAGCUCAACUUAUGCCCCCCCUCAGGGCCUGGGACUUACAGACAGAGGAAUGGAGGGGAUCACGGGAAGACCAUGGAGGGCUUGGUUCUAAUAGUCUGGCAGGUUCUGGGGAUGAGUUAGAAAGACUACUGAACCUGGUGUCACUGAGAGCCAGGAGAGCCACACGAAUAAACAGAGCCUCUACCAGAUCUGAACCUGCAGCAGGCUGGGAUGGGCUGAAAUGAGCUCACGCUCAAGACUCCUUAAAACAAAAAGAUUUUCUGUUCCUUUGCAAAUCACAGAGUGGCGGUGAUCCUCUCUGGUUACGGUUCACAUUUAUAAUCUACUCGAACAUUGGUCCACCACCUAAAAAAAUAAUAAUUGGACAAGAAUGUUAACAUACACACUUUUAUUAUCCGACAUUAUUAUCCUUGUGUAAACAAGCACUAAUCCACCACCAAUCCCCUGGCUCAUUUAUAAGCGGGAGGAAUAAAAGGAAAUAUAUGUGUCUCCUCACAGCUUCACCUGUGCUGCCAUUGGCUCUGAAUCAGUGCUUUUACAUGUAUUAUUUAGAGUCACUGAAGAAGAACAUUUGGAGCUUGUUUUAGAUCGCGUACCCCUGUAUGUGCAAAUUUUCAAAUCACGUAUUUCGUUCAUCGCUGUGUCGGAUCGCACAUGUACCGGCACACAAUUAUUUUGUUAACUCAGCCGUGCAAUACUUAAUGCAUUUAUUAUUUUUUACUAACGCGCGCUCAGGUUUGUUUUGCAGGGAGCUUUUCGCUCGCAUCCCACACAGAGACUUAGAGUAUUAAGAUUACCUGAGGUUGAUUUUACACAAUCAUUUAAUUUUCCUAUGUGGAUUUAUUUAUUUAUUCAUAUUUGUAGCUUUGCUUAUGAGUCUCUUCAUGAGGACAUGCGUUAUAGUUACCUGGCCUGUGUAGAUAUGAUUAAAUACAGGACUAAGGAUAUAUUUUUUUAUUUACUCAAUCGGCUAUUCUAAGUGAGUAGAAGGACACAGAGCUACUUAUUAAAACACAUUAAUUUAAUGAAUAUGUACAUAAUGUAAUUUGAAUAUAUUGAAGCUUUAGCAGUGCUUCAGGCAGACUGAAGCCCGCGUUACACCUGGUGUUAAUAUGUGAAAUGAAUUUCGGGGCAUUAUGUGCAGAACGGCUUAGAGAAUUGUGUGGACAUGCAACCGUGAAGUACAGAAUCACUCACCCAGGACAUGUGCUCAUGGUUGGUUCGCUGAUAACGCAGUGUAAAUGCUGCUGCAUUCCCAGUUCACACACAACAAAGGGAAUGCAAAUGAAAAUAAACUCCAUGUAACGAAGCUGCGAAACAGCGCUGUUCUCUGAGAAUAUUCCUAGUUGACUCCUAGUUGGCUAGGAGUAAUUAAAGAUAAACAUAUUCAUAGUAGCUGUUCGGGUCAUUUGUGGAUUUUUUUUAAAAAGACACACCGUGUGCACAAAAAUACACACACCUCUUCCCAUGCACAAACUGGUAUUUGUAAAGGAAGAAUGUGUGGACCGUGUUUGUACUCCAGACCGUGACAGACCAUCGUGAGGCAAGCCCGACAGAAUGGAGAGAAGAUGAAAAAUGAACCGAGACAGAAGUGAAGAAAAACAGCCAGUUUGGCUGAGCUUGCAUUCCCUGUUAUCAAUAUAUAUAUUUCCAGCCCAUAAACGCAUCAUC